AUGAAGAGAGGAAGCCUUGAUCAAGAGAGGAAGUACUUUGAAGAAGAGAGGAAGCACUUUGUUGAAGAGAGGAAGCACUUUGAUUUAGAGAGGAAGCACCUUGAUGAAGAGAGGAAGCACCUUGAUCAAGAGAGGAAGCAUCUUGAUCAAGAGAGGAAGCACUUUGAUUUAGAGAGGAAGCACUUUGAUUUAGAGAGGAAGCAUCUUGAUCAAGAGAGGAAGCACUUUGAUUUAGAGAGGAAGCACCUUGAUGAAGAGAGGAAGCACCUUGAUCAAGAGAGGAAGUACUUUGAAGAAGAGAGGAAGCACUUUGUUGAAGAGAGGAAGCACUUUGAUUUAGAGAGGAAGCACCUUGAUGAAGAGAGGAAGCACCUUGAUCAAGAGAGGAAGCAUCUUGAUCAAGAGAGGAAGCACUUUGAUUUAGAGAGGAAGCACCUUGAUGAAGAGAGGAAGCACCUUGAUCAAGAGAGGAAGUACUUUGAAGAAGAGAGGAAGCACUUUGUUGAAGAGAGGAAGCACUUUGAUUUAGAGAGGAAGCACUUUGUUGAAGAGAGGAAGCACUUUGAUUUAGAGAGGAAGCACCUUGAUGAAGAGAGGAAGCAUCUUGAUCAAGAGAGGAAGCACCUUGAUGAAGCGAGGAAGCACCUUGAUCAAGAGAGGAAGCAUCUUGAUCAAGAGAGGAAGUACUUUGAAGAAGAGAGGAAGCACCUUGAUGAAGAGAGGAAGCACCUUGAUGAAGAGAGGAAGCACUUUGUUGAAGAGAGGAAGUACUUUGAAGAAGAGAGGAAGCACUUUGAUUUAGAGAGGAAGCACCUUGAUGAAGAGAGGAAGCACCUUGAUGAAGAGAGGAAGCACCUUGAUCAAGAGAGGAAGCAUCUUGAUGAAGAGAGGAAGUACUUUGAAGAAGAGAGGAAGCACCUUGAUGAAGAGAGGAAGCACCUUGAUGAAGAGAGGAAGCACCUUGAUGAAGAGAGGAAGCACCUUGAUGAAGAGAGGAAGCACCUUGAUGAAGAGAGGAAGCACUUUGAUGAAGAGAGGAAGCAUCUUGAUGAAGAGAGGAAGCACCUUGAUCAAGAGAGGAAGCACCUUGAUCAAGAGAGGAAGCACCUUGAUCAAGAAGAAGGAAUACUUUGA